AUGGGCCAUUUAAUUCUAAAAUUUUAUCCCUUUUUAAAAGACACCUGGAAAAUAUAUGAAAGCAUGGAUGAAGCUGUGGAGGGUACUAAUGAUGACCAAGUGUAUAUAAACGUUUGCAAAGGAAUUAAAAAUACAAAGAUUAAGGAUAAUGAAAAAUAUUAUAAUUUAUGUUUGAAACUUUCAAGAAAUUUGAAAAUAUUUUGUAGUAAAGCAGAAGAAUGCAAAACUAAUUCUAUCUAUUGUCAAAAUUUAAAUAGCUGGUUAUAUAAAAUAGUAAAUGAACAAAAACUUGAUAGUAGCAAAAUUUAUGGAAUUUUCAUGUUUUUUAGAAGAAUUUUGCAUAGAUUAGGUAUUAAUGAUAUGUGCACAUAUUAUGAUUAUGGUCGUUUUUAUCUAGAUCCUAUUAAUAUUAUAAUGCUAAAAAUAUUUGACGCUAAUAUGAAUAUUAUUGAACAGACAUUAUCCCAGGAAACCUAUACAUAUACAUGUCCAUGCCAAAAUUUUGUUAGUGAAAUUAUAAAAAUAUACAAAAAUAUGAAUAAUAAAUAUUGCACUAAUGGAGAGCCUAAAUAUAACAUAAAAAGAUGUAUACGUACCUGUGAUCUAUUAAAAAAUUUUGCCUUUUCGUACAAUCAAUAUCUUCAUAAUAAUAAUUCCAUAAAAAGAAAAAUACCAUCAUUGACAUCUCAAGAUGAUGUAGAAUAUCAUGAAUGUGAAGAGGAUUACGAUACCAGCGCGUCACUUGUAGUAGAUGAAGAACAAUUAUUAUUACCAGAAAAUGAUGAUUUAUUAGAAGACGAUUUUGAUCAAACAUUAAGCGAACUACAAGAUUUUGAAACUAAUAAUUUAAGUUCAUUCAAAAUAAAAUUUUUACCCACUGCUCUUGUUAUAAUUGCUGGAGUAUCUUCCCUUUUCUUCUUAUCUUAUAAGUUCACUCCAAUUCGUAACUUGUUUAGUAACAGAAAAAGAAUAAAAACAACAAAAAACACUUAUAAUGAAGAUGAGGAAAAAGAGUUCUUUUAUAAUAUGCCUGACAAUAUAACUUCAUACAAUCAGAGAUAUGAUAUAGCAUAUGGAAAUUUAUGA